AUGGCGAACCUACCCGCUCGCGACCCUCUAGCCAUCCUCGGCUCCUCCCUCUUCCUCGACGUCCUCAGCUAUCUCCCUUACCAGACCGUCGGAAUCAUACCGUCCGUCUGCCGCUCAUGGCGCGACUUUGAGAGCUCCGAAAGCUCGGCUAUCUGGCGGCCGGUAUGCAAGCGCGUCAAUGGGGACCCUCGGCGAUUGCAGGAGCUCGCUGAAGCGGAGCGGGUGCGAUUCGAUACCGGGCCGCACGGGAAGGAAACCGGGCAGGCGGGCGGGAGUAGUGCGCCGUGCAGAUCCAGCACAUCUGGUGCGGACUGGAAGGGACUGUUGAAAGAGCACGUCUUGCCCAUCCGGAAUUUCCUGCGGGGAAGGUGUACGAAUCGCUUCAUAACGGAGCCCGGGAGCCCUGAGGAAUUUGGCCAGUAUGAGGUGAACGAGGAAGAAGAGACGUGUAUAGCUACCCGUGGCGACUGUCGCGGGUUGCAAGUGCUCGACCUCCGUACCCUCGAGCUUUUGUUUUGGGUACCGGAUUUGGACCAGGCAACGCACUUCGAGGCUUGUGGGGGUUUUGUUGUCGCAGGCUGCAUAGUUUCCUACCAGCCAUGGACGCUCAUGCUGCGAGUCUUCCGCACGCAAUCGGCCAUUACACGAUCCCCUCGCCCUUGUCCACCUUACGCCGAGAUCCCGGAGUCUGUGCGGACCUCUGUCGCGCCCUUGGAACCAUCUUGGUCGGUCGCAUCGACAACGGCGCCAAAGGGCAAGACUAAUACUACCGCCCAGCAUGCCGCAAAGACAUACCUUCCGCGAGGGGGUCUCGCCUACUAUAGGGACAUCCCCAUGGCAUCGGUCUUCAACCGCUUCUGCGUCAAGGUGGAACACGAGGGGACGCGGCUGGAACGUGUGGUGUUAGCUUUGAUGGGGGAACAACAGGUGGCGUUGUGGGAUUUGGACGAUGUAGACGCGCCUGCCGAGGUGAUCGACUUUCCGCACGAACAUCCAUGUCGCAUUGAAGGUAUCGACUUUGACAACGACUACGUCUUUAUUCUCUACGCCGACUACAUACAAAUCAUGUCCCGCUCAACGCAAGAAUGCGUCUUCGUCACCCCGUCCAGCCCCGAUGACUCGUUCACUACUCCCCAAACAAGCGCGGUCGUAUACGAACUUCACCUCGAGGCGGAUCACGAUCCGGGCUACAACCCAGUGAUUGUCAUCGACAGUGAUGACGAGGAUGACACUUCAGAAGCAUCAGAGGAGCCUGAAACACCCAGGCCCCCUUUUUUGAGCAAACAGAGGGAUGUGAAGGGUUACCGUGGCGGCGCAGAGGUGGCAGAGUACGAUGACGCAGAGCUCUCGCCUGAGACAGAAGAGGCGCGGUAUGAUUAUGCUAGGUCUACCGACUCCGCUUCCUCCUCCUCAGCUCAGGCCUUGCCCCGAUUCACGGACCUCACGCCCGCUCGACCACCUACGACCGUGCCCGGCGAAGAGGCGUACGUAGAGGUAUCGGGAGCGAAGAAUGGAGGGGUCCGUCUCAAGGUGGAUGCGGGUACGGGCUGCGGGGGUAUAACGUGGGCUUCGGGUGAGGUCUUGGCUAGAUAUCUCGCCUAUAGGCAUGAGGUCGAUCCGGCGUACCUGCACCAAAGGAACAUUCUGGAGCUGGGCUCGGGCACUGGGCUCGUCGGUAUAGCGGCGGGGCUGCUGCAGCCUGAGACGAGCGUAUGGGUGACAGAUCAAGCAUGUCUCUCGGAGCUUAUGAAGUCCAACAUCACCCAUAACUUCCCUUCCGGCUCCAGCUCCUCCGUACCUCCCGUCCGCGCCGCAGAGUAUAACUGGGGCGAAGCCAUCCCCGAGGAGAUAGCGGCAAGCGAGAUAGAUAUGGUGCUUGCCGCAGAUUGCGUCUACUUCGAGCCGACCUUUCCUCUGCUCGUACAGACACUAUGCGACCUCGUUCCCCGCAAGCCGACUGUGGAGGGCAAGCCGGUGGAGGUGUUGUUCUGCUGGAAGAAGCGAAGAAAGGCUGACCGGCAUUUCUUCUCGAUGCUCAAGAAGAAGUUCGACUCUGUCCCUGUGGACGACGACAGGCCGGGCGAGCGGGAACGAUACACCAGAGAAGGGAUCUCGCUCUUGCGCUUGACGAGGAGGAAGUAG